AUGAGCACAGCGCCGCGAUGCGCUGUGGGUGCCAUCCGAGCGCGCGCAUCUUCGCGAUUCGACUCGAAAUUCGCGGCGGGCGAUUACCUACGACAACCCCUCCACUCAAGAAAACAGCGAGGGCGCUGCGCUGUCGUGUGGCGGGCCGAGGUUGCCGAGCCCGAGGCGACGCGCGGGCGCAUCGAGCAGGACAAUGUUGACGCGCGCAUCCGCGCCGAGCGCAUGGCGGUCCGCCUCAAGCUCGCGAGCACCGCGGGAGCGAAGACAGGCGUGGGACGUCCCUCCUCGGCACCAUCUUUCGACGCGAGGAUCGCCGAGGCCGAAGCCACCAACAGGUCCAACAAGUCCAAGCUCAUCGAGGAGGAGCGCGCGGCGGUGCGCGCGCGCAUGGGCAAGUUUCGAAUGAAUCGCUACGCGUUCGUCAACACCGGCGCGAACACCGGCGUCUUCGAUCGCGUCACCGGCGAAGCCGCGCCCGUCAACGACGACGCCUUCGCAAUCGAGGACAGGGUCGACCUCGCCAGAGAACGCGUCAAGCAGGCGCAGCAGGAGCUCGCCAACGCCAAAGCGGAGGCGGAGGCGAAGGAACGCGACCUCGGCGAGCGCGUAGCGAAGCUCGAGAAACUCGCGGGGGAGUUGGCCGAUAAACGAAAAGAGGAAAACGAGGGGCGGGACGGCGGCCGAGGCGCCGAACGGAAGGCGGUGCUCGCCGCGAUGAAGGAGAUGAGGGUCGACGGAGAGGCGGGUGGCGCGGCGGGUCCGUCGACCACGGCGGCGGGUGCGGGUGCCAAGAAAAUAGCCGUCGCCACGUCGAACCCCGCGACUGCUUCGCCGAUCGAGUCGCCUGAAGACGCCAAGGCUCGCGCGGCUGACGCCAUCCGCGCGCGCGCGAGCUCCAGCCUGAGCCGCCUGAGAAAGCACCGCAAGUCGCGACUCUCGCAGGCGUCCAGUCUGCGAAAGACGCCGGUGACGUCAACCGCCGCGCAGGAGGGAAACACGGUCGCGGAACACGACCCACUGCGGGCCGCCGCCGCCGCAUCCUCCGCAUCGGCGGCCAAGGAAUCCGAGGAGGCUUCCGGCAAGGGACAGAACCAGCAGACGGCGGUGAUUCCCGCGAAUGACGUGCUCCCAAAGCCGAUAUUCGUCCUCUCCGACUGCACCGGCGAAUCCGCGGCGAACACCUGCCGCGCGGCGCUCGGCCAGUUCGAGGAGCUCAUGAACCUCUCCAUGCCCACCAACCUGUACAUCUUCCGUUUCCUCAACGACGGCGGCGACGCGUACAAGAUCGUGCAGCAGGCCAAGGAGGACGACGCGCUCGUGGUGUACACGCUGUCGGUGCCCGAGAUGGUCACCUCGGUGAUGACGGCGUGCAAGCUCUACGGGGUCCGCUCGGUCAACCUCUGGGGUCCACUGUUGGAGUCCAUGGAGGCGCACCUCAUGAUGACAAGGAUCGGUGUGCCGAUGACGGAACGCGGCGCGUCCACCGUCUCGCGCACGCACACUUCAUCCGAGGCGCUCAGCACGGAUUACUACCGCAUGAUUGAGGCUGUGGAGUUCACGCGACAGAUGGACGACGGAGCCCGACCCGACAAAUGGAAGGAUGCCGACAUUCUGAUCCUCGGCGUGUCCCGCACGGGCAAAACACCGCUGAGCAUUUAUCUCGGGCAGCGUGGGUACAAGGUCGCAAACCUACCGCUCGUACCCAGGAACGGUCAGCUCAUGGUCCCGAAGUACAUCGACGACGUGGACCCAAAGAGGGUGUUUGGUUUGCUGAUCAACGGGGAAGUGCUUCACGAUAUUCGCACCAACAGGCUCUCGUCCAUCGGGGUCAAGCGCGAGGACAAAAGCGCGAUGGAGUACUCCACCAUGCGACAGGUGACUCAGGAGCUCAGCUUGGCGAAGGCGCUAUACGCGAGGAACCCCGACUGGACGGUUCUGGACGUCACGCACAAGGGCGUGGAGGAAACCGCUGCACGAGUCAUGAAGAUUAUGUACCAGAGCGAAAACGCAAACAACUACUCUCUCAUGAAAGCGACUUAG